AUGACUUCCGUGGCGUCCCUUGAGAAUGCUACAUUCAUUCGGCCCUCGACAUUUUACAUCACUGGAUUGUCCAACAUGCCAAAUUCACUGUAUUAUUAUAUAUUUCUGUGCUUUGUGUACACUGUGACUGUUUUGGGGAAUUCUUUUAUCAUGGGUACUAUAUACCUGGCACGCACUCUGCACACAGCAAAGUAUAUAGCUGUCUUCAACUUGGCCUUGUGUGAUCUGUUUGGAAGCUCUGCUCUUAUUCCAAAAUACGCAGAUAUGUUUCUGCGUGGAAACCAAUACAUGUCUUAUGAAGACUGCCUGGCAAACAUGUUUUUUGUUUUUCUUUUUAUGACCAUGCAGUCAUUUACUCUGCUUACUUUGUCCUUUGACAGAGUAAUUGCUAUAUGUUUUCCUCUGAGGUAUCAUGCUAUUGUCACCAAAACCACAAUGACUCUGAUCAUUGGUGUUAUGUGGCUUUUCUCUGUAUCUCUUGUUAGUGUCCGUGUGGGUUUGAUUACCAGGCUGUCCUUCUGUAAAUCUACCACAGUUGGAAGUUAUUUCUGUGAUCAUGGUCCCAUCUUCAGACUAGCCUGUAAUGAUAAUUCUCUUAAUUUCAAAAUGGCCUAUGUCUAUAUUGCUCUUGCACUUUGCCUUCCAUUGAUGCUAAUAGCUCUCUCAUAUGUUUGUAUUGGUGUUGCUCUGUGUAAAAUCUCACAAGGUGCUGAUCGAAUCAAGGCUAUGAAAACCUGCACUUCCCACAUCAUAUUAGUGGCCAUGUUUUAUCUACCAAUCAUUAGUGUUUAUAUUACUGCUCAUACAACAUACAUAGAUUCAAAUAGUAGAAUAAUCAACUCUGUCAUAACACAAACAAUUCCGCCUAUGCUAAACCCAAUCAUAUAUACUCUGAAGACAGAGGAGGUAUUGCAAUCUAUUGAAGUACUCUACAAACGAGUCAAGGUGAACUUUGCAAUGGAAGAUCCUUUGAAACGCAUUCUGAAGAAUUAA